ACAGGCGCAGAAGUAGAACAACGAUACAGAGCAAAAAUGGCGAAUUUGCAAGUGUUCAUGUUGAUAUUGAUUGAAGUCGGUUCAUACGGUUCUCUGCGUUUUUGUGCUGCUCAUGGUUCUGAUAGUUUGUUAUCAAACAAACACAGCGAGAAAACAGCUGAGAAAACGGAAGGUAAGGACUGCUUGUCUUCGAAAAAUGAUCUCAAUGUGAAAUCUUUCCUUUGCAGUGGUUCCUCAUAUUAAAAAUUGCUUCAAAAAUAGAACAGUGAUAGAACUGCAAAGGCCGGUCAUGGAGAUUCAGACUGCUAUAUUUUUCAGCGCGUUGUAUUGUGUACAGCUUAACUGCUAUUAUUGUCUCCUGAUUCUAAGAUUAAACGAUAAAAGUGGUCACUCUUUUGUUAUUAACAGAAAAAUUAACUUGCUGGUUUCUACGAAAUUUCUUUGCAAACCUUGGCAACCACUUGUUGUGGCGUUGUAAGCCGAAAUUAUCACAGGUUUAACAUUGUCCAAAGGUAAACACAGUGAACAGCAGUAAGGAUGCUUUACCUGUGAGCAAAAAUAAAAUCUUAAGUACUGCUUGACACCCUGGAUUUGCUAUUACCGGUAUAUACAUGCAGGUUCCAAAUUUAAGAGGGGCUGAUUGCUACAAUCUUGGACAAAAAUGUUGAGAAAAUAUCGUAGCUGUACUGGUUCCUCCCUCUCCCCCUUCCCCUGAAAGCAAUGUUGUUGUGUAUUCAAAAGAAAGCCUGAUCCCCGGGCGUUUGUAGGAAGCAACAUUGAACUGGGGGAAGGGGAUUUCUUUCCGCAAAGUUGUUGUUUUGGAAAUAGUUUUGUAGCUUAGGAAAGUGGACAUGAUGGGGAAAACUUUCUCAAGUAGUUUUGUCCGAGAUUGUAGCACUAUAUCUGGUGAUUUAGCCCAAAAGCCAAUUCAUGCAAUGUGUACAGUCAACUUUCUUUAAGACGGACACCUUUGGCACCAGCACUGAGUGUCCAUCUUACAGAGAUGUCAAUUUUAUAGAGAGUCAAAUAGAGGGAGUAAAGAAAGGCAGUUACCAACCUGAAUUGGCUGUUUUACAGAGGCGUCUUUCUUAUAGAGGUGUCCAUCAAGAGAGAGUCAACUGUAUUUGUUGUGUUGAGGGUAGGAUAGGAUAAUUAAUUUUAUGUCAAAGACGUCGGAAGUGAUUACUCAAUCUUCCAAGCCAAAGGCUCAUGUUAAAAACCCUUGACAAAACCAAACAAAAACAUAUAAAUCAUACAUAGAAAAAUCCAAAAAACCUAACAAUUAAAAUUAAGUACAUCGUUAUCCUUUUUAAAACAUUGAGACAUCUUAAAAAAGAGAAAAACCUAGAUGCAUUGUCUAAAUCUCUACAGUAGCAUCAACAAUUUUUCUUAAUCCUGAAAAAAGGUAUAUUUACUACAGAGAGAUGCCAAUUUCUGGAAAUCUAAAAUCUUGAGACUGUUUCAUUUGCUGUAGCUCACUGUCCCCCCAAUUUCAACGCACCCCACCCCUGAAACACACAAAUCGACUCAGUCCUCUAAUCAUUACAGGUUGUACAUUGUAUGUGUGUGUGGUUCAAGACAUUAUUGUGGUAUGAGAGGAACUUCAAAUAUUCAAGUAAAGUUGUGUUUCCUCAGAGUUCUGUUAAGAUGAUUGAUGGUAGUGAAAGAUGCAAAUGCUAGUUGGCUUUUGAACUUCAGAGUUUGCAUGUUGUUGAAAAUCACAGUAAAGAACUGAUUUUCAGGCACAGCCACUGAAAAUUAGCUUGCUAGUGUAUCAAACUUGACUUUCCAUUAAAGAUAAAGGAGCUCAUGGUCGAGUGUGUAUUUGCAUGCAUUUGUUCUUCAAACUGUACGGGUACAUGUACAUUGAACUGUCUUGAGUCUUCUUGAUCCAGCAUAAGUGAUAUAGGGUACUAUAUAAACACACUGCUGUUAUUUUUUGGUUGCACAUAACAUUAAGUAUAUUUUUAAUAUAAUUUUCUGUGCAGGAGCAUGGGCAUGGAUUGAUGGAAGUGAUCACGGAAACCAAAAAAAUAAACUUCAUGGCAUUCAUGACUACCCAGGAAGCAGAUUUGGAGCAUCAAGUUGGCAAGAUUCAGAUGGCAUUGUGUGGAUUUAUGGAGGACAAAAGUAUGGAAGAAAUACACCUUUGGACGAACUAUGGUCUCUUGAUGUAAAAAACCAGGACUGGAAUUUUCAUCGCUUUGAAAACAAAACUACCAGCAAACAGCAGCCACCUCCAUGCUUUGGUUGUGCUUCUUGUCACUAUGGAAAUAGGGUUGUUGUUUUUGGACUUUCCAGUACAUUUAUUUUUCAUAUGGAAAAUGAAAACUGGACUGCCUUGCGCAACCUUUCGGUGUCUCCAUCUCCAAGAAGUCAUUCUGCAUACUGGUGUGACUCUGCUAAAGGAAUAUUGUGGCUUUUUGGUGGGCAAACCUCAAAAGAGAAAUUUGGUGAUUUCUGGAGGUUUACAUUUCAAGAAAUGCAAUGGAUUGAAGUCGAGCCACCAAGCAACACAAGCGUGGUUCCAGAUAAGUGCUCUAAAGCGUCUGCAUGGAUUCUUUCUUCUGGUGAUCUCUACAUGUUUGGUGGUUCAACACAUUCUGGCCUUACAUCGAAUUUCUGGCAGUUUUCACCAAAAUCAACAGAGUGGACAAAGCUUAGUGGAACAACCGGUCUUAACAACUGUGCUGGAAAGUAUGGAAAAAUGGGAAUCACUUCCAAGAACAACUACCCUGGUUGCAGGGAAGGUGCUGCUACGUGGGUGAAUGAACAAGGAGAUCUGUUGAUGUUUGGUGGCUCGGGAUUUGAUAACUUUUCACGUGGACCCUUUGCAGAGCCUGGUCUCUUGUCAGAUUUUUGGAUGUUUGAGAUGUCAAGCCAUCAGUGGGUAUGGAUUGGAGGAUUAAGCAGAGAAGAAGGUGUGCCAGUCUUUGGAGAAAAGAGGAAGUCAGAUCCGCAUAAUAUCCCUGGUCCACGAGAGAGUCCUGUUUCAUUUUCCUUUGCCAACCAACUUUGGCUUUUUGGAGGAGCAGGGCAUGAUGUUAAACAAAGGGAUGGUAUUUUGAAUGACUUGUGGAUGUAUGAGAAUGUCACUGAAAACACUCCGGGGGACACAUUAAAUAUCUCAUUUGGUUUUAGAGUGCUAAUUGCCCUUUUUGUCCUGACACUGGUCUUGGUGCUGUCGGUUUGUCUGUGCUACAGCAAGGAAUGUCGCGUUUUCCGGUGGAGGCGUGGCCUUCGUCCAGUCAUAAAGUACAAACCUGUAAAGGUUGACAUGAGGCAGGUACAGCAGCCUGAGGUACAUCCUCCAUUGGAUGAACCACCUACAAUGUAG